CAGAACAUCCACGAUCAAUAUCAUUAUCAAAAGUACAUACUUAACUAUCAUGGCAAAACUUUUACUUUUACUAAUUAUUGCCACUGUUUUAGGACUUUGUUCAGGAACAUUUUACUUCCAUCAUCAUCAGUAUCAGUAUCGUAGGCAAUAUCAUAUGGGAACCCGUGUCUACACGCCUCCAGCAAGAUUUUACCCCGGUCGUCUGCCACCAACUUUUAUUCAUACGCGUAUUUUAAUACCGUAUGAUUCUCCUAGAUUUGUUGAAAGAAAUCCUGUUCCGCCAACUAUAUUUCCAGUCGGUACCGUGUAUCCAUCUUCCGGUCGCCAGUUUCCAAAUCCACUUGCAGAUCUGAAUACCUAUGAUCUACCACCAUGGAAACCAACAGCUCCAGUGUUCAAUAAUGGCAUUGUAGGUCCGGAUGUAGAUACUAUUAUCCCGCAGUUUUCGACAAAUCUUAAUCAAAAUCCACAGAUACCAACAAGUGAAGUGAUAGCAGAAGUUCCAGCUAUUCAACAAGUUCCAACUUUCCCAGACACUAACAAUGUAGAUAACUCUAUUCCGGAUUUUCCGUCAGCUGUGGUACCUUUUGUAGUACCAAAUCCUCCACAAAUUCCGAUCUUUCCUGGAGUUGACAUCAAUAAUAACCAGAACGGAAAUGACUACAUCGAACAGCAAACAACUAAGCUUCCACCAAUAAUUGUAGAAAGACCAAAGUCGUGUCAGGAAACAGGGUGUGGACUUGGAAGUGAAUGUGUAUAUAACUACAGCUAUAUAUGUCCUAAGGAUAUCACAGAUAUUCCAUGUCGCUGUCAAAGAGGUUGCCGCAUACAGUAUACAUUUAUACCACUUGGAGUUGCCACGAUUAUUGACCCAUGUGGAAAUAUUUGUUCAUGCAACAGUUUAUUUGGAGGGGCUAACUGUACAGAUAUUCCAUGCAAACCAAAACAACCGUCAACUAACAAUCCUACAACUGGGUUAAUUCUAGAACCUGUACAAACUGGAAUACCAGAUGCAGGUCCCUUGCGAGGAGAUUUCCCUGGAAAUGUACCAGGCACAACACGUAUGGAAUUUCCGGUAACAAUACCAGGUCAACAAGGAGGAAAUUCUCCAGUUAAAGUUCCCGGCCGAGGAAAGCCGAACUUAUCAUUUCCAGAGCAGACCUUUGUUCCACCAAUUCCAUUUCUAACUGAAAACAAAUUACCAGGAUUUAAUGGACAUGAAGGUUUACCAAUAGAUUCGAAAGUCAGACUUUCAGAAAAGAAUCUUGUAUCAGACAAGUCAAAAACUGAUUCCAUGGUAUUUCCAAUUGCUGGUUAACAAACAGUAAUCAAAAUCCCAACUAUGAUCUAUGGAAUCCAUUAUUUAUAGUAUUAGUGCUUAGUUUAAUUAAUUUAUUUAUCGUUCAUAACUUACAAUUGGUCGAUAUAUAUGUGCUUUGUAAUUGUCUUUUAUUUUAUCUAUAUUUACAUUAAAUCUUGUUUUCCUAUUUAAUAAAUGUUCUUGACUCGUA